CCAGCUAUCUUGUGGUGGUGUGAGAUUAAUCUGACACAAGAAGACGAAAACCUCUCAUCUCCAUUCUGACUUCAGCUUCUUCUCUCUGGAUGUGGAACUCGACGGAGAACGCAUUCUCGCGUGCGACUUCGUUCCAAGACGAAGUGGAGGACGAAGAAGAGCUUCGAUGGGCGGCGCUGCAGAGACUACCGACUUACUCUCGUGUCCGUCGCGGCAUUUUCAGGGAUGAGAUCGGUGAGCCUAAAGAGAUCAGAAUUGGUACCCUUGAAGCUAGCCACCAACGUCUUCUCCUCGAUCGCCUUGUUAACUCUGCCGAAAAUGAUCCUCAACAGUUCUUCGCUCGCGUCAGGAAGAGAUUCGACGCAGUGGAUUUGAAAUUCCCCAAGAUUGAAGUUCGGUUUCAGAAUCUGAUGGUCGAAUCAUUCGUUCAUGUUGGAAGUCGAGCGUUACCGACAAUUCCCAAUUUCAUCAUUAACAUGGCAGAAGCUUUUUUAAGGAAUAUACGUUUGUAUGGUGGGCAAAGAUGCAAAUUAACCAUCUUAGACAAUGUCAGUGGCAUUAUUAGACCUUCAAGAUUGACACUUCUACUCGGUCCUCCAAGUUCCGGAAAGACUACACUACUCUUAGCUUUAGCUGGACGCCUCGGAAACAAUCUUCAGACAUCUGGGAAAAUAACAUACAAUGGAUACAAUUUAAAAGAGAUAAUAGCGCCAAGGACGUCGGCAUAUGUAAGCCAACAGGAUUGGCAUGUGGCAGAGAUGACUGUGAGGCAAAAUCUCGAGUUUGCUGGUCGUUGUCAAGGUGUUGGAUUUAAAUAUGAUAUGCUAGUGGAGCUAGCAAGAAGGGAAAAGCUUGCAGGAAUAGUACCUGAUGAAGAUCUUGAUAUAUUUAUGAAGUCUUUAGCUCUUGGGGGACAAGAGACAAGCCUCGUGGUAGAGUACAUUAUGAAGAUUUUAGGGUUGGACACAUGUGCUGACACAUUGGUGGGAGAUGAGAUGAUUAAAGGAAUCUCAGGGGGGCAGAAGAAGCGGCUCACAACAGGGGAACUGUUAGUAGGUCCAUCAAGAGUCCUUUUCAUGGAUGAAAUAUCAAAUGGUUUAGAUAGCUCAACGACUCAUCAGAUUAUCAUGUAUUUGAGGCAUUCAACUCACGCGCUUGAAGGAACCACUGUCAUUUCUUUACUCCAACCUUCUCCCGAGACUUACGAGUUAUUCGACGAUGUCAUUCUUAUGUCCGAGGGACAGAUUAUUUACCAGGGGCCUCGUGACGAGGUUCUUGACUUCUUUUCAUCCAUGGGAUUUAGUUGCCCUGAGAGAAAAAAUGUUGCAGAUUUCUUGCAAGAGGUCACUUCGAAGAAAGACCAGCAGCAGUACUGGUCAGUCCCUUUUCGGCCUUAUAGCUAUGUACCACCUGGAAAGUUUGCUGAAGCUUUUCGUUCGUAUCCAACGGGUAAGAAGUUGGCAAAGAAACUCGAUGUUCCAUUUGAUAAGCGGUUCAAUCAUUCAGCUGCUUUAUCUACAUCCCAAUACGGUGUUAAGAGGAGUGAACUCCUCAAGAUCAACUUCUCCUGGCAGAAGCAACUGAUGAAGCAGAAUGCAUUUAUUUAUGUGUUCAAGUUUGUUCAGCUUCUUUUAGUUGCCGUGAUUACAAUGACUGUCUUUUGCCGGACAACAAUGCAUCACAACACUGUUGAUGAUGGCAACAUAUAUCUUGGGUCGCUCUACUUCUCCAUGGUCAUCAUUCUCUUUAAUGGAUUUACAGAGGUUCCUAUGCUAGUAGCCAAGCUUCCGGUCCUUUAUAAACAUAGAGACUUGCAUUUUUACCCGAGCUGGGCUUAUACAUUACCUUCUUGGCUGUUGAGCGUUCCUACUUCAAUUAUAGAGUCUGCCACAUGGGUGGCAGUUACAUAUUACACAAUUGGCUACGAUCCACAGUUCUCGAGGUUUCUUCAGCAGUUCUUGCUGUAUUUCCUUCUGCAUCAGAUGUCACUGAGUCUUUUCCGGGUGAUGGGUUCUUUAGGCCGACAUAUGAUAGUUGCCAAUACGUUUGGAUCCUUUGCAAUGCUUGUGGUCAUGACUCUUGGAGGAUUUAUAAUUUCCAGAGAUAGCAUACCCAACUGGUGGAUUUGGGGAUACUGGAUUUCUCCUUUAAUGUAUGCUCAAAAUGCAGCCUCCGUGAACGAGUUCCUCGGCCAUUCUUGGCAAAAGAGAGCUGGGAAUCACACCAACGACUCUCUUGGUUUAGCAUUGUUACAAGAAAGAAGUUUGUUCUCUGGGAGCUACUGGUAUUGGAUCGGUGUUGGUGCCUUGCUUGGGUACACAAUUCUUUUCAAUUUGCUAUUCACGCUGUUCCUAGCUUACCUCAACCCUUGGGGUAAGUUGCAAGCUGUUGUGUCCAGAGAAGAGUUAGACGAGAGAGAAAAGAAAAGGAAAGGCGAUGAGUUUGUUGUAGAACUAAGAGAGUACUUAGAGCAUUCAGGCUCAAUACAUGGGAAAUAUUUCAAGAAUCGAGGAAUGGUUCUUCCGUUUCAAAAACUCUCUCUGUCUUUCAGCAACAUCAAUUACUAUGUGGACGUUCCAUUGGGGUUAAAAGAACAAGGGAUACUAGAAGAUAGGUUACAGCUACUUGUGAAUAUUACUGGAGCUUUUAGACCAGGUGUGCUUACAGCACUGGUGGGAGUAAGUGGUGCUGGUAAAACAACUCUCAUGGAUGUUUUAGCUGGAAGAAAAACAGGUGGGACCAUAGAAGGCGACGUGUAUAUAUCUGGUUUUCCCAAAAGGCAGGAAACGUUUGCAAGAAUCUCAGGUUACUGUGAGCAGAACGAUGUUCAUUCUCCAUGCUUAACUGUUGUUGAGUCUCUACUGUUCUCUGCAUGCCUUCGUUUACCAUCAGAUAUUGACUCAGAGACGCAAAGGGCUUUUGUCCAUGAGGUGAUGGAGUUGGUGGAGCUGACCUCCUUGAGUGGAGCAUUGGUGGGACUACCUGGAGUUGAUGGCUUAUCAACUGAACAGAGGAAAAGGUUAACAAUUGCAGUCGAGCUAGUUGCAAACCCUUCUAUAGUAUUCAUGGAUGAGCCAACUUCAGGAUUGGAUGCAAGGGCUGCUGCCAUUGUGAUGAGAACUGUACGGAAUAUAGUCAACACUGGAAGAACCAUCGUCUGCACGAUUCAUCAGCCUAGCAUUGAUAUUUUUGAAUCAUUUGACGAGCUUUUGUUCAUGAAACGUGGUGGUGAGCUAAUAUAUGCCGGUCCACUCGGCCAGAAGUCUUGUGACCUUAUCAAGUAUUUCGAGUCUAUUGAAGGGGUACAAAAAAUCAAAAAGGGCCAUAAUCCGGCAGCAUGGAUGCUUGAUGUCACCUCUUCGACAGAGGAACACCGGCUUGGUGUUGAUUUUGCUGAAAUAUAUAGGAACUCAAAUCUGUGUCGACGCAAUAAGGAGCUGAUCGAAGGGCUAAGCAAGCCAAGCAAUAGUACACAAGAACUUGAGUUUCCGACCAGAUACUCUCAAUCGUUCUAUAGUCAGUUUGUUGCUUGCCUGUGGAAACAAAACUUGUCUUAUUGGCGGAACCCGCAAUACACUGCCGUUCGCUUCUUCUACACUGUGGUUAUCUCUCUAAUGCUUGGAACAAUAUGUUGGAAAUUUGGUGCCAAAAGGGACACUCAACAACAAUUAUUCAAUGCAAUGGGAUCCAUGUACGCAGCGGUUCUGUUCAUUGGAAUCACCAACGCAACCGCUGCACAGCCCGUUGUUUCUAUUGAAAGAUUUGUUUCAUACCGUGAGAGAGCAGCGGGAAUGUACUCAGCACUUCCCUUUGCAUUUGCACAGGUGUUUAUAGAGUUUCCAUACGUGUUAGCACAGUCCACUAUAUAUAGUACCAUAUUCUAUGCGAUGGCCUCUUUCGAAUGGUCAGCAGUGAAGUUCUUGUGGUACUUAUUCUUCAUGUAUUUUUCGAUUUUGUACUUCACCUUCUACGGGAUGAUGACAACAGCAAUCACUCCAAACCACAACGUUGCCGCAAUUAUAGCUGCCCCUUUUUACAUGCUUUGGAACCUCUUCAGCGGUUUCAUGAUCCCAUACAAGAGGAUUCCGUUGUGGUGGAGAUGGUACUACUGGGCAAAUCCGGUAGCAUGGACACUCUACGGUUUAUUGGUGUCUCAGUACGGUGAUAAUGAGAAACAGGUGAAGCUAUCGGACGGUGUUCAUCAAGUAAUGGUGAAACAACUUCUUGAGGAUGUGAUGGGAUACAAACAUGACUUCUUGGGUGUCUCCGCUAUUAUGGUUGUUGCCUUUUGCGUCUUCUUCUCUGUUGUCUUUGCUUUCGCCAUUAAAGCCUUCAAUUUCCAAAGAAGAUAGCUUACCAAAUCAUCAUAUACUCCAACCAACUCUCCCAUUUAUUAAUCUAUACAUACAUAUACAUGAACAGACCUAUUUAUUUAUUUAUACAUUGGAGACUUUGUAUCUGAAAAAAUGUAAUGUAUUACAUAACUUUUUCUAGGGGUGGGCGUUCGGGUACCCGUUCGGGUUCGGAUCGGGUAUUUCGGAUUUUCGGGUAUUUCGGUAUAGGAGUGUAAUAUCCAUUCGGGUAUUUCUUUAUUUCGGGUCGGGUUCGGGUAUUUUUAGUUCGGAUUCGGGUAUUUCGGGUCGGGUUUUCAGAUAUUUAGAUUUUGAAAAAAAAUAUUAAAUUUUUCAUUUCUCAAGUUUUUUUGUAUUUAAAAAAUAUAAAUUUCACUUAACAAA